AAUUUGGGCAGUUUUGUUAUCGGAUGUUUCACAGGGGUUUGAUACAAAGGCGUGGUGCAGUUUAGUUUGAUAUAAAAACAGCAUGAUUGGUCCACUUAAGCAGCAUUUUUGAUAUUACAUCCAUUUGCUGACAACCUAAAGGCAGCCAUGAGUCUCUCUGAGAAAGACAAGUCCGUAGUGAAGGCCUUCUGGGCCAAGGCUGAGGGGAAGUCUGCAGAACUGGGGGCUGAGGCCCUGGGCAGAAUGCUGGUUGCCUACCCUCAGACCAAGACCUACUUCUCUCACUGGGGAGAUCUGAGUCCCUCGUCUGCCAAAGUGAGGAAGCACGGUGCCACCAUCAUGGCAGCUCUGGGACAAGCUAUCAAGAACAUCGAUAACCUCACUGGUCAUCUGGCUUCCCUCAGUGAGCUGCACGCUUUUAAGCUGCGGGUGGAUCCUGCCAACUUCAAGAUCCUGGGCCACAACAUCAUCUUGGUCUUGGCCAUGUACUUCCCUGGAGACUUCACUCCAGAGGUCCAUGUCUCUGUCGACAAGUUCCUGCAGAAUUUGGCCCUGGCUUUGUCUGAGAAGUACCGCUAAACCACAGCCAGACACAAGAAUUGAACACGCAGCUCCCCAAGAAUCACAACACUCGUUCCUAAAAUGUGGAAGCUUGCUCAAUAAAAUUUAAAAAUAAA